AUGAACAGCGGACCGAGAAGCGACUCUACGACACACGAAAUCCUUAGCACUGGCGAGGCGGAAUCUGUAGCAGAUCUGAACAACCAACUGCACGUCGACACCUCCGCCGACAAGGUUUAUCACACCAGUGUAACACACUAUGCAGGACAUUAUACAAUGCCAACUGAAGGCCAGCAAGCUAUGCAGGCCAUGCGACAGCGUCUGGAAACCUUACUUCCCCGCGAGCUUAUCCAAGAUGAGUUCGGAAAUGCCGUCCCUGUGGAGCAAGUGUCCUCUCAACACCUUGCCAAGUUGCAGGGAAAAGUGUGGUGCGAGCUCCACAGAUGUGUUGAUGGUGAAAUCACAGAGGAAUGUAUCAUUGCAGCAAAUUCUGUGCGAUAUAUUGCCAAAGCCUUUUCCAAAAUAAAUUCGCACAUCCAUGAGAAGCUUGAGCAGCCUUACUCUGAAAACGAGGUUACGUUCGAGCCACUGGUUGAUUGGAUGACAUUGGAUCCCGUUCUUGACGUUACAUCUCUCUGGUUCACCUUGUAUCGCCGAAACAAAUCGUUGCUACACAAGUUCUCGCUCGCCAACAGCAAUUUCGUUCCGCGCAACCCUUUGAGGUUUUGCCUCGAGUGUUUGUUGUUCAUUGCAAACGAACGCAACGAGGUCUGGUAUAUCAUGAAACAAGAUCCGAACAUCGUCCAUGCUGAUGUACCUCCGCCUUGGCCGCUCACCAAGUCUGACGACAACGACGACAACGACGCGAGUGAGGAAGAUCUGCUAAGCGAGUCAGACUCUUCGACUUCGGAAGAGUCCAUUACACCACUAAAGCCGCCAGCCGAGUACGAGACUGUAGGUGCUAUGCUUAAGGUCGAUCGGGGUUAG